GAGCUUUGCUUUACUUUACUAUCGAUCCGGGUGUGGACCAGCAGUUAUAAUGCGCUUUUACUGUUCGUACUAAAAGUAGUCCGCAGUAGUUUUGCAUUUUUUCUCAAAAUAUACUCAUACAGUAACUACUUACUUACAUAAACUGGGCCCGAAAUCGCAAAACUCCUAGAGUCUCUGUCAGUGAAUCACCGUUCGAGGAGUUUUGGUGAAGUUGUAAAGGCGUAAGAUCUGGUUUUGUAUGCCUGCCGCCUGUCUUAACCGCUACCGGUCCCUGGCCCUGCUUGCCAUUUAGUUUCAGCACGGUACGACUGCAACUUGUCUUUUGUUUGUAGUAGUUCAGCACAGAUUUUUUAGCCGUCUUCAUUCCUUUUUGUACGGGAACUGCGAUCCGCUGAUUUCGUCGUCGAUUUCUUGUCUUCAAAGUCGGUCUAUAACGCUCAUAACUAUCGACAAAAUGAUGCAAAAUGGCUUGGUGGACUCACUCCCCCAGCAGAACGGCUCAAUUCACACCAACUCAUCCUCCUCAUCCAAUUCUCAUAACUCGUCUUCGCAAACGAAUCCUGGCGGAAAUCAGGAGGAAAGCAAGACGAAUCUAAUCGUCAAUUAUUUGCCUCAAACCAUGACACAGGAAGAAAUUAGGUCCCUCUUCUCCUCAAUCGGUGACGUAGAAAGCUGUAAACUCAUCAGGGACAAAGUGACAGGCCAGAGUCUUGGAUAUGGUUUUGUGAACUACCAUAGACCUGAGGACGCAGAAAAAGCAAUCAACACGUUGAAUGGACUCAGAUUGCAGAACAAAACCAUCAAGGUUUCUUUCGCUCGACCGAGUAGCGAAGCGAUAAAAGGUGCGAACUUGUAUGUUAGUGGACUACCCAAGAACAUGGCCCAACAAGAUCUAGAAAAUUUAUUCAGCCCCUACGGACGCAUCAUCACUUCUCGUAUUCUCUGUGAUAAUAUAACAGGCUUGUCAAAGGGCGUGGGCUUCAUCAGAUUCGAUCAACGCAUAGAGGCCGAGCGAGCCAUCCAGGAACUGAACGGCACCAUUCCAAAGGGUUCAACUGAGCCGAUUACAGUCAAAUUCGCCAACAACCCCAGCAACAACAACAAGGCAAUCCCACCUCUAGCGGCCUACCUGGCUCCCCAGGCGGCAAGGCGGUUCGGUGGUCCUAUUCAUCAUCCCACGGGACGCUUCAGCACUGGCAAGACCAUGCUAGCCAUAAACAAAGGCUUACAGAGGUACUCACCACUGGCAGGUGAUUUGCUGGCCAACUCAAUGCUGCCUGGCAAUGCAAUGAACGGGUCGGGCUGGUGUAUCUUCGUCUACAAUUUGGCGCCUGAAACUGAGGAAAAUGUUCUCUGGCAGCUGUUUGGGCCAUUCGGAGCCGUGCAAAGUGUCAAAGUAAUCAGGGACCUGCAAACAAACAAGUGCAAAGGUUUCGGAUUUGUUACAAUGACAAAUUACGAUGAGGCAGUUGUAGCGAUACAGUCUCUGAAUGGCUACACAUUGGGCAAUAGGGUGCUGCAAGUCUCAUUCAAGACAAAUAAGAGCAAAACAACAUAAACGGCAGGGAAACAUCCAUUUUGCCGCUGCUGCUGCUGAUUAUGAAUGUCUGUCCAUUUGCUAGUCGUAAACACAUGCUCUCUUAAGGCUGAAUGUAUCCUCUAAACAUGAUCUCAUUAUAAAUUAUGGUGACAAACUGAAUUAUUACGGUAUGCUAGUUUAUCUAAUAGAAAAUUUUACUAUUUAUCUCAUUCGAUACAUAUAAUUUAUUAUGUAUUGUGUUGUGACUGGUGAAACCAAUCUACCCCUUAUAGGAUGCAUACAGCCUUUACGCGGGUAAACACAAUAUAAUUUUGCAUUUCUUUCACUUAUUUAUUUUAUCAUUGACAAUGAUAAUUUCAAUAUUUGAUUCUCGCAUUAUUUCUCAGUUACAACUACUCUUUUUUAGAGUGAUGAAUAAACUACCGUAUUUUUCAUUUAUUUAUUCAUUUGUCAAAAUGUUAAGCGAUGCAUUGAAGCCUAUUAGAAAUGUACUAAGCUAAAGCUAGUCAACAAAAAGUGCAAAUAAUGGUUUCCAAGCGAAACUUAGACCAUUUCUAAAAUUAAAAUGAAUUUUAGGAAACCUUAAUUCUAUAUUAUCAAUAAUAUAAUUAUUAAUUAAUAUUAUACACAUUAUUAUUAUUAUCAUUAUUCUCUUCAUUGGAAUAUUAUCCGGCUAAUAGGCCUAGUUUCAACUUGAAAUUGAAUUAUAGUUAUUAAAUAGUUACCCCUCAUUCACAAAAUGUACACAAUAAUCUGCGUAGCUUUGUUCCCAAAGAUGCAUUUUUUAUUGUAACAGAGUAUAGAAUGUUGACAUUGAAUUUAAUUUUUAUCGUUAUUAAAAAAUCUUAUUUUUAUUAAAAGAAUUUUAUCGUUACAAAAAACGUUCAUAACGAUUAUUAUAAUGUGAUGUUGAUAAUAUACUUGAUAUUGCAUCGAACAGUGCAAAGUUUUCAAAAUUGACUCGAUGCUUUAUCAGUAUGAGAUAAUGAUUUCGUGGACUUAAUGAAUGUAUGGAUUCUGCAAUAUCCGUUUCUUUUGAGUUUUAUUCAUAACUAUUCAGGGAACUUAAGCCAUAACGUUUUUUUUUUUUUAUAUCGAUCUAUUGGUUCUUACUCAAGACGAGUUAAGUAUAUCAACAGUAACUGUUCUGAAUACACUUGACUUUUUUAAAUAAAUGAAUAAUAUAAUUAUAUAUAUAUAUAAUUUUUUCAGUGUAUAUUAUUUCCAGUGUGUUAUUCUAUGAAUACAACACUGUAAAUACUGUACAUGAGCUUUAAUUAUCACUUCAACUUGAUUAGUGGUAGUUCUUAUUUUUGAAAUAAUUUCUUAUAAAAUAUAAAUAUAUAUAUACUAAUAUAUUAUUCAUUAAAUGUGUAUUAUUAUUUCCAGUGUGUUAUUCUAUGAAUACAACACUGGAAAUAUGAUAUAUGGGUUUUAUCUGUAUUUAUCACGUCAGCUGCAUUAAUGUAGGUUUCCUAUUUUGUAACACAUUAGUAGCUCAUGAAACAAAUUAGAUAGUUUAAUGCUUUUUCCGUUUGAAUAUUUUUCUUUUACUCAUAAUAAUAAUAAUAUCAAUAACCAGUAUUACAAAUGUUAUCAUCUAAUUAAUACUCGAAUUGCUCUAAUUAUUACAAAUAUAGUUGAAAUUACUCUUUAAUAAAUUAUUGAGCAGGAGUAUUUCAUUAUUAUUAUAAUUAUUCUAAUUGUAUUAUUAUUGUAGGAGAGUACAGCAGCAAAGGCAUCUAUUUAGGCCACAAUAAGGUCAUGUAAUGAAAUGAAAUAAGCGCGGCUGUAGCGAUGUCUCUGUUUUUUUGUCGAUGUUUGUCUUUGAUUGGUUUGAUUUAUGUGUGUUCUUUAUGUUUAUCAAUAGUGGAAUCUGUAAGUGGUCUGUUAGCAUCUGCUCUCUUUUGUCAGACGCUAUACAGUUGUAUUAUAAGAUUUACAAUUAUUAUAAAUGGAAUUUCAUCCGAGUCGAAUGUCUCCUUACAUGAUAAAAUAUUUAUUUUUGUAAUGCAGCAUUUGAAAAAUGCAUUGCUACGUGAUGAGAUCAGACCCGAACCAAGGCCUAAUAUACAGUAUCGGUAGAUUUAAGUGUGGCUUUUGCUGAUAGGGCGAGAGGAGUGAGUUAGGCAAAUUAAUUACAAAGGCAAAUUACUUUGUUCUCUAAAUGCUGUGAUAUGUCUCGUUUUAGACAUGUGACUUCCGCCCCCAAAUGCAGUGUGUCAUCUAUUACCCUAUUUACCACAAUUCAGACCACUUGCAUCGAUAGCUAAAUGAGACUAGAAAACCGGUACUUGGUACUUUACUUAGGUAUAACUAAUGUAGUGUUAUAGAUGGGGCUUUUUGGCCUGCUAUCAUUUCGGCUUUAGUUCGGAUUUGCUUCUCAAUUGACAUCAGUGCUAGGAAAUGGAUAGAAUUAUCAUGUAAGAGGUCAUUUUUAUUACUCAUAUUGAGAUACGUCCAUUCCUAGUUAAAUGUAUUAACUCAUCGUCUUUAACUUUAAUUAAAUCGAUUUUUUACCUUUAUCCCUAGCGCUUUGUUUGCGUUAGAUUUCUUUCUUCAAUUACUAGUCGCUCUCCAAUAAUUGUGGAAAGAAAUAAAAAUUCAAUUACGUACUUAUACCUUCCCUUUAUGUCAUUUAAAAUUAUUUAUUGAUGUGAUUAAUUGUGUUUUUUUAGUAAGGCAAAGAUAGAUAAUUAUAUCUGUCACAUUGAGAUGCAUUUAGAUAUAUUUGAUUGUAUUUUGUGUAGAUAUUUUGUACUUUAUCAGAUAUUAGUUUGGUAGAGUGUCGCUUGAGAUGUAUUCUCUCUAUAUAGCUAUACUAUGAAGUGCAAUAACGAGUAUCAAAUAUUCGUAACAUGCGGUUACAGUUCCGACAUUCGACCGAUCAACUCAUUUUUCAUAGUCUGAUCACUUUCUCCCAGUUCAAUGAAAUCUUGCUUAAACUAACAAUGAGCAUUUAUGCGUUCCAAAUACUUCCAACAUAUCACCUAUGGAUGAAGUAUUUAUUAUUCAAUAACAAUAACUAAUUACAAUCAUUACAGGCCUAAAGUCACAUCAAAAUGAAAAUACGAGUAAAAUUUUAUACGAAUGGUUUUCAAGUUCAAGCUGUAGCGUGAACUCAUAGACAUUAGACAAUAUGAUAACUAUUGUUUCUCUUUCAAACAUUCCAUAAUCAUAAAUGUUUAAGCUUAUGCGAAAUCUGUCAAGUUCUUUUACAAUUGACUUGGGACAGAAGAAUGAAUAUACAUUUCCAAAAUCCAAAAUAUUUGAAAUUCUCUCUUAUUUUUUGUUGGAAUCAUUCAUUAAUUCCACUGUUCUAAUGCAAUUAUUUCCGAUGAGAGCAAUCCGUAUUGAAUAACACCAGAAUUGUAAAGUAGUUUCUCAUUUGCUAGCACUGAAAUUGUAUCAGGUUAGCAGUAAAUUAAAUUUAUGAAAUUAAAGUUACUAUUCUAUCGAAAGGUAAAAUUCCUUUACAGAGUAUAAACAGCAAUAUAUAGAGUGGUUGAAAUAUUCAAUCUGUAAAACGAUUACUGACUCGAUUCACGUUGUAUGGAAUAAUAGAGCUGGAUAUACAAAAAUUUUCUAUUAACUUUUUCUCUUCAGCUUUUUUUAGAUUUACCUCCUAUUUGAUAAUUUGUUAAUAUUCAUAUAAUAUCUUCCAUUAUCAAGUUAAUACUUAUUAUACUUUAAUCUCGAUCCAAAUUUGCAGUUGAUGAUCAUAUCAUGAAAUAUCAUUUCAAUAACAUGAAAGUCUGUUAUGUAUUAGCAUUACAGUAUGUAUUUAUAUUUAUAACAUCACAAUAAAAUUUUAAAUAAACAAAACUGUUCAAAAGAACAAUAAGAACGAAUUAUGCUUGGUAUUUAUUGUUUCAUCCUUUAUCAUUUUCUUGUUUUUGAAAUUAUAAUUAUUUUUCGGACGUGUUUUAAGUUAUUUUAUUUAUUUUCCUUUUGAUUUAUUUAAGAUUAUUUUGAACAGCAUUUCCAAGCAGAUUUUCUGAUUGGUUUUUCAUUAUUGGAAUUCUCCACUCACAAGCAUGUGCAUAUACAAACACACACACGCUUAGUAUUUUAUAUCUAUAUACAUAUACAUAUUAUAUAAAUUAUAUAUGCAAAAAGUGUUUGUGUGCGCACGUGACUGGAUGUGGAGGGGGGGGAUUUGCUGCUGCUUUUUCUUCCAUUGUUACAGCUGGUUAUUGAAAGUAUGAUACCGAUGCGGUUUGUUACUAAUAAGGAAAUCGUGCACUACCACCUAACUGGAUAGGUUUUAUGUGUAAAGAAUUAAAUCUAGAAAAGAAUAACAAAUGACAAUUUGUUCAUGUAUAUAGUAAGCCUGAAAGGUAAACUUAUUGUUUGUUUGGCGCUAUUAUUCCAUAUAGGAGAAAUAAAUAAAUUAGAGAUUAUAAAGAAUGGAAUUAUUGUUAGAGGUGGUGGGCGGACGAAGCGAGGCUAUUUUUAAAGACAGUUCGACUGUGAGUACUGUGGUUGUGGAUUGUUCAUUUCAUAUUGUGAUGAUAAACUAUUCUAGUUAUACCGGUGACUUUUUGAAGCUUUACAAGAAGAUGUGUAUUCAACAGAUGCAAUUUUUGCUAAUGUCGUUUUCAUGAAUUAAGAAUCCUGUACUUCUCUAUUUACGGUACCGUAGUAAUUUGCUUUAUCGUGUCAUAUAGAGUAGAGCUAGUCAUAUACAGUAUUUACAAUUUUUCUUUUAAUAACUGUAUUGUAUUUUAAUAUAAAUUUAUAUAAGAAUCUAACUAUUUAUAGAAUUAUCCUCCACUGUGUUAAAGCUUAAUCCAUUCCCAAUUCCGAUUUAGCGAGGCUUGUUCAAUGUAGGUCUAGGCCUAUUUAUCCAUCAUUCAUCAUUUGCUUGUUGGCCGUGGCAAUAAAAUGAAUGUAGACUGUUGCUCCUAUUGAAAACCAAUGAAUGGUUCACAAUAUGCCAGUCUUUGAGGAUGAUAUGCUAGGCCCUAAAUAGACGGUCUCAUCAAAAGUUAAUGAUCCACACUACUCAUUGUAUAUAGACAAAUACCUACCGUAAUAUGUGGACGUGCAUUCAUGCCUCUAUCCUGGUGUCUAAAAUAUAAAUUUGCUCUCUGACCCUUCAAAUUAAUAGGCUAAUGUAAUGUAAGGAGUGAAUUGUUCAAAAUUGAAGGUAGUAGUUAUCAAUAUCAAUUAUUGUAAAAGCAUUUACGUUCGAACUGGUGAAGCAAGUGAAAAUUGAAAUCAAAUUGAAAUUGAACUCUUGAGCAACUGAAAUAUUAUUAGUAUUGUAUACACAUAGUGCAGUCACUCGUAUUCUAUGCAAUAAUUGGAUAGUUUAAGAACUAACUGACAAUUUACCAAGUUAUUCAUUGUACAUGAAACAUACAGUAUAUGCAUACAUACAUACAAUCUAUUCCAAAAUUCGUUAUAAAUAAUUAUUAAAAUAACAAUGUAUGUACGCAUGUAUUGCUUCAACGAAUGACCAAGUGAGAUUUAAUGCUGACGUUGAUGAUAUGAUGAUGCUGAACAUGAUCAUUUCCUAUACUAAUUUGUGUAAGAAUAAGAUGUUGGUAAUUGUGAGGAACGACUUAAGUAAAUUAUCUAGCUUUAAGGCAAUCCUAUAAUGUUUUACGAUUAGUAGAUGGCUAGCUAGUCUUGUGAAGAUGUACCUUUUACUGUUCAGAACACCAAAUUAAAUUAGAAAAAAAUGUCUGCUUUGAUCAAAAAUUGCCGUUAUUCAUUUUCAGAGCGAGGGUACUUAUUCGAAAUGGGAAUUGAGAUUAUUUUUAAAAUAAAUUCAAAAAUCAACAUAAUCAGGCUCAGGUAUCCACUUUGAACUGAAACUUAUAUUUAUAUACAUAUAUUUAUAUACAGCAGUUCUGCUGUUGUGUCCUGCAGUAUUGGAAUCAAUUCACAAUCGAAUCAAAGUUUUAGCCUACUAGACAAAAAUCACUGGCUAUGCCCGAGCUCCGACCGCCAUUUCCAAAAUGGCUCGUGUCUGUAUAUACGAUAUAUAAAUUAUACUGCUAAAUUAAUAAUUAUUAUAAUAAUAAUAGAAUGUAAUAAUGAAUAUUAUUAUUAUAAUAAUGUUUGUGCGGUGCAGUUAGCUGUCAGCUGAUCAGCUGAAGUUACGGCCGUUUAUUUUUUAACAUUUUGAAACUUUACUUUCAUAAAUAAUUCUGUGUGUAUGUUAGAGUUAGUAGUUUACUGUGAAACUUGUAUUUGUAAAUACAGUUGAUAUGUUUUUACAAAGAAACUAAAAAAAUUAAUAGUAAAUUGAUAUUGUAUAUAUAAAUCUGAUAAUCGUACAAUCUCGUUAUUAAACCUUUCAUCGAAGAACAGUAGGUACCUACCGAAGGUUACAUUGAAAGCUGAGAUGAGCUGAUGUGAGAUAUGUGACCACCCCAAGCCCCAAGUCCUCUCCAAGCCCAGGGUAAGGGCAACACCUACCGGUACCUAAUCAACCUCAUCUAGGCCUAUGCGCGGGCGCACUAGAGUACACUUACACUAUUUGCGGUACAUACUGGUCACUGACUGUGUCAAACUAAAAAUUCACCUGCAUAGUGGAACUGUACAUGCCUCCCUAUUGUCCUUUCUUGUCCUAUCCUAUCCAGUCCUACCCUUGACCGAUAAACUAAGGAAAAUGAAAACCUCAACUCGUUUAGUGCGUAUGUUAAUUUAUAGCAAUUUUAUAUACGUGUCACUAUGUGUAUAAGUUAGUGUUCUACCUUUGUCUAUCCCUUAAUGGUAACUUAUGGCAGUGGGAGUUACUUGAUAUGAGUACUUGCGCUAGCUUCCAAGUACAAAAAUACAUCUGCUUUGGCACAAACUAAUUAUUAUUACAUUCAUUAUCAUUAUUAUUAAUACAAUAUAGUCAGACUAUGUAACUUUAUUAUAAUUUAAAAUCAUUAGUAUAUUCUAUAAUAUCUUAUAAUAAAUAUAUUUUUCUGUCUAGUGUCACUUGGUACAGUACUUAUUAUUGCGUGUACGGAUCAGUCAUUUUAUUAAUAUUCAUCGAGAUAAAUAAAACAUUAAUUUAACUACACUUUUCUAUGAAUAAUUAUUAAUUAUCUUUCACAAUAAUGCUACUUGUGAGAGCAGUAUUGAUUAAAUUGGUAUUAUUAUAGGUUGCUUAUCAUACAACUUUCUUCUUAUAUCUAUUGUAACUGCUUCAUGUAUAACUUAUUUGUCUCUUAUAUUGUUAGAACUCUACACUAGUUAAAAUAAUUAUAUAAAUGUUUGGCUUCCUUCCGUAAUUUUCUCCAUUUACAAACUAAUAGUUUGCAAGUAGGAAUUAUCAGUAGUUGAACUCCCUCAAUUAAAUUGAAUUACUUACCUUCUUGACUCUUAUUCAUUAUAUUAUCGAACGAUUGUUUGAGGAGAAAGCUAUGUGAACUAUGAGAAAUGCUAUCUACUUAUACAGAGAAAGAGGUCAAGUUAAAAGUUAAGCUUUCUUACAUUGUUACCAUAAUGAUAGGCAGAAUGGGUACUGCGACUAUUUGGGAGUCUGCUUACUGCUGUACAAGUCUUGUUAAAAGAAUAAUACCUACCUAUUACCACAGUACAGCAGCAGUAUAGCAGUGGUCCGCAGUUCAAUGAAGACGGAAUCUGCAAAGUAAACUUUCCAUACUUUGUUGUAAUUGCAAUAUUUGUACUUUUCCAUGUUAAAAAAUCACAAUAAAUUAUUUAAAAAUUGAG